UCUACCGACAUAACAUAUUGGCGACGAGGAAUGGCUUUACUUGGAAUUUCGCCGCCCCCGGCAUUCCUACAGAAUCCCGGUGCACCUACGAUCCCGCUGGAGUCCUGGAUACGUAUGUUUGAGAACUACGUGCUGGCGUUAGCCGACGACAUGGAGGACAAGAGGAAACGCGCGCUGCUGAUUCACACGGUGGGCACGGAAGCUCAGCGCAUUUUCUACACUUUGCCGGAUACUGGUGACUCCUAUGCGGCUGCCCUGCAGGCAUUGAAGACGUUUUUUAUACCCAAGUUAAAUACGGUGGCUGAGAGGAACAAAUUUCGUCAGAGGGCUCAGCGUGUCGGUGAGUCGACUGCUCAGUAUGCUGCUGCUUUACGAGAGCUCGUUACGACAUGCGACUUUGGCGCGUUAGCGGAUGACAUGAUUCGUGAUCAAAUCGUGGAAAAGACAAAUAACAGGAGGAUCAGAGAACGCCUGCUUAUGGAAGAUAACCUUACUCUACAGAAGACUCUUACAAUGUCUGCUCAGAUUGAAAGUGCCCUGGCUGAGGCGAAGGCUAUGGCUACACCAGCCGGUGAAGCUGUGGUUGGCAUGGUGCAGGGUUCUUCCACCGGCGGUGGGAGAUACAGACACGGUCAUGGCCGCCCAUCAUCUAAAGCACCCCCAGCAUCAUCACAGAGAGUCCCCACCAACGGUCCUGGGUUUGCCGGUAAGACAUGCUACCGCUGUGGAUCUUCUACACAUAUUGCAAGUUUUCCUAAAUGGCCCGCUAAAGCAGCCACAUGCAGAAAAUGCAGUAAACAUGGACAUUUUGAGAGAGUCUGCAGGAGUGGAACUGUUUUAAAUAAAAUGCGGGAAGUGUCGAUUGAACAGACCGACACAGUUAAAAUCCUACAGGUGGAAGAAGAGGAUGUGACCAGCCUUAACAACAGGCUGAUGUGCAAAGUCUCUAUGUGUGCACCUGAGGGACCUACAAUUACUGUUGACUUGCUGGUUGAUACUGGAUCAGCAGUUUCCAUUCUUCCUAUGCACCUGUACCAGAAGCAUUAUGGACACAUUCCUCUGUCCACUGCAAAAAAAAGACUAGUUACUUAUUCUGGACAACCCAUCUCUGUACUAGGCUGCUUGGAGCUGACAGUGACAUGUGGAUCAAGCUGUGCUACCGUAAUUGUAUACGUGGUGUCAAGUGGAAACCCGCUUUUGGGUUUGGAUCUUUUCAAUGCUCUGAACCUAUUUAUCAAAGAUGGACAGGUCAGUGCACCAGUACUUUCUCCUACUGCGCCUCCUGCUUUACAACAUCCUUCAGCCUUUGUACAGUACACAGCCCCUACCACCAACCUCGAGGUACUUCAAGAAAUCUCUGACCAACUGGGGCUAGUGACAGGUUUUGCCCACAAGGUGAAAGUAAGACCUGAAGUUCGCCCUGUCCAGCAAGUUACGCCGUCUGCCGUUUGCUGUGCGUGAUGCAGUCUCCCAGGAACUACAGAGAUUGGAACAUGAAGGCGUCAUUGAACGGAUUGACUCAUCUCCAUGGGUUUCACCUAUCGUGGUAGUGAAACGAAAGUCUGGCCGCAUCCGAUUGUGUCCGGACCUGAGGGAGCCAAAUAAAGCAGUGGUCAUCGACAGCCAUCCGCUACCACACAUUGAAGAGGUGUUCCAUGAGCUACGUGGGGCGCGGAUGUUCUCCACCAUAGACUUGCAGAAUGCUUACUACCAAGUACCCCUUCAUCCUGAAAGCAGGGACCUUACUAGCUUCAUUACACACGAGGGACUGUUCCGUUUUACCAGAGUACCUUUUGGGUUAGCUUCAGCUCCCAGUGCUUUUCAAAGAAUGAUGACACAGAUUUUGUCAGGUUUGGAUGGAGUUCAAUGUUAUUUGGACGAUGUGAUUGUGUUUGCUGACACGUCUGAUCUUCAUGAGAAACGGUUGAAAGCUGUGCUGCACCGACUGUGCAGUAGUGGCCUGAAGCUUAACAUGGAGAAGUGUCUAUUCAGACAAACUGAACUGUCAUUUUUGGGACAUAUUGUCUCUGCUGCAGGUAUCAAACCAAACCCUGACCACAUCAGCGCUAUCAUAGAGGCUGCUUCUCCUUCUGAUGCAACAACUCUACACUCUUUCCUGGGCCUUACAGGGUGGUAUUCAAAGUUCAUUCCCAACUACGCUUGUGUUGUGGAACCACUUCGUGCCAUACUGCGUAAAAACGCAGACUUUAAAUGGACUGAGGAGGCACAAGUGGCUUUUGAAAACUCUAAAGAACUGAUAGCUACUAGCUCUGCACUCUCGCUGUUUGACCCAGCUCUUCCCACCAUAGUCACCACAGAUGCAUGUGAUUAUGGUAUUGGCGCAGUACUUACUCAGUUACAUGGGGACACAGAAAAUACAGUUGCGUUUGCGUCGAGGUCUCUUAGUGAGUGCGAAAGGAAGUACUCUAUUGUUGAGAAAGAGGCGCUCGCCUGUGUUUGGGCUGCUGAACGCUGGCGCACAUAUUUGUGGGGUAAACACUUCACUCUGCGCACUGACCAUAGCCCACUUACUACGGUGCUGUCGACUAAAGGUUUUGGACGAGCAGGAAUGCGGAUUGCUAGGUGGUCAGCUAGCCUCAUGUGUUUCAACUACACGGUAGAGUACAAACCUGGUCGUGAGAAUGUUGUUGUGGACUGUUUGUCUCGUUUACCUGUCUCUUCUCCUCCAUCACACGAGUUAGAGGAGGACAUGGUAGCACUAGUGGCUAGUGUGGACUUUUACGCCAUCACGCUUAUAGACUACUACAGUAAGUGGCCUGAAGUAGCAUUUCUUUCGAACGUGACAACGGCGACUGUAAUUUCUUUUUCGACAACUGUGUUCAGCCGUGAGGGUAAUCCCCUUGAAUUAGUGACUGAUAAUGGUUCUUGUUUUGUUUCGGCCGAGUUUGAGGAUUUCUUAGCUACACGGGACAUUACGCACUGCCGCAGCUCCAACUACUACCCUCAGAGUAAUGGAGAAAUAGAGAGAUGGAACAGGGUGUUUGUAAACUGCUUACAAACCGCAGACAUUCAAGGUCAGCCGUGGCUGUCCUACGUUGCUGACUUUCUCCUUGCCUAUCGUUCCACCCCUCAUGCAAUAACUUCAGUCUCUCCAGCUGAACUGCUGCAUGGCCGUCCCAUUCGCACUAAACUUAACAUAAAAAACCUGGCUUCUCCACGUGCAUCUUCUCAGAUGAAAUGUGGGGCCUUAAGCGAUACGGUUGCGAGACGUCAAUCUAAGAUUAAACAGUACACAGACAGGCGCCGUGCUGCACGGGUUGCUGACUUCCAAUGUGGUUCUUAUGUGCGGAUUAAGAAACCUGGGUUUGUGAAGAAGGGCUGCUCCAAGUAUACACAGCCGCUUCAAGUUGUAGCACAGAAAGGAACUUCAACCUUCAAACUCUCAGAUGGCAAGGUGUGGAAUGCCAUCCACUUGUCCCCAGUCGCUGCUCCUUUCGCUACAGAGACUCAUGACAGUUCUGUACAGCCAGAGGAGUUGUACUGUUCAUCUUCUGCCCCGUUACCGUCUCAGACGAGGCGCCGGUGUGGUCGCAGGCAGAUUCGGCCUCCAACCUGGCUCAGUGAUUACGUGACUUAAGCUUUGUUUUCACGGGGACGACAGGUUGCGAUGAACAGUAACAAAUGUUUAUGUUG